AACUUUGGGAGAAUCGAACGUGUGAGCUGCUGGAAAAAAACCAAGCCAGAUCGGAGAAUCGGAGGUGUACAUACUAUAGUGCAGCUAUAAUACGGAUUGCUUAGAAGGCAGUUUCUGCAAACUAUUAGUCUGGGAAAAUGGAAAGUUUCUGGCAGGAAGUGAAGUCGCUGCUGAAGACCGUCUUCUGCUUUGUGGUGGCUAUGAUGCUAGUGCCUUUGCUGCUGUUAUCAUUCCUGUGUGCUCACUUUGGCAACGAACUAUCCAACUAUGUGCUGAGCAUCAAGUACCCGAACCUGACCAUCUCAAAGUCCAAGAAGAUCCGGACCUUAAUCGACACGCCGAAGAAUGCGGGCGUAUUUCAUUUCCUGUUGCAAGUGGAGGGCGACUGUGACUUCGAGCGGAUACGGAUGGCCUAUGCCCAGCAUCUGACUGAUCUGAGGGACAAGACCGGGAUGCUCCGGUUCCCCAAGCUCCGUCAAAAACUCGUCACCUGUUGGGGGCACUAUGCUUGGGUGAAUGACAGCAGCGGCUUCAACAUCAACAACCACGUCCUGCUCAGCACCCACAAGUACAGAGGUCGUCCGGUUAGCGAAUCGAAUAUUCAGGAGUAUGUCAGCGAGCUGGCCACGAAGUACAUCCCAUCAGAUCUCCCCCAGUGGCAGGUGAUCGUGAUCCCCAACUCGGAUAGCACUCAGCCCUACUACAUACUCAUUAAGCUGCACCACCUGAUAAUUGCCGAGGAGGAGGAUCUGCAUGUGAGUGAGAUGCUCCUGCUGCAGGAUCCACAUAAGAAAACCACGAUGACCCUAAGCGAUGGAUUGGAUUGGGACAGUUCGAGUCCAAAACUUUCCCGCUUUGUGCGAAAGCCGGAACACAUAAGCAGACUCAUCAAUCACAUAAUCCAUCUUAUCAUUUGCCGUUGGCAAAAGUUCAUCUACGAAUUUGAAUCUCUUGAAACUCCCGAUGGUUCAACGUCCAGUGAUCAGGUUGGAAACCUAAGCCAGUUGGUUUCAUUGGUCGUAAUUGUCCUGGUGAAUGUCAUUUUGGGCUAUAUAAGAAGUCGAACUAUGCUCAAGAAACUGAAAAAGCGUUCAGUCAGCUACCGCAACGAAGUGGGUCGUUUUCAAACAAUGCGAUUGCUUCUGAAUAGGGAGUUAGACCAAAGAAAUCUUAAUUGGUCGGUGGCCAGAAAUGCGGUCUGUAAGAGCUUGCAGCCAACCAAUUUGGUCAAGGCCUUGACACGUUUCCUUUGGCGUCUAAAUCUAAAUCAUGUUUUGCUCUUACCCUACCACAUUUACUGUGAGUUUUUGGCUUUCGGUGAUGUUCUGAUCAAAGGUAAAACUUCCCAUACAUCCACAUAUUGCGCCAGACUGCACUUGUACGUACCCCUUCUACUUUACGCCCAAUUGGAGUUUUUCAAAAUUAUCUGGGAGCUUUUCCAGGCCCCACGAAACAUUUACGAAGUGCUUUUUGAACAGCCCACAAAGGAGUUAAAUAUUUUGCAUAAAAAAUCCUAUGCAGGCAGGAAAAUAGUCUCCUUUGGCCGAUCAAUAAAUGGCGCCCAACUCAGGACCCGUAAUCAGGGUAAAUUCAAUAGUGAUCUCCGAGAAUCCGACUUUAGCUUAACUUGCUUGGCAGGAGCUGUUCACGACUACUUUAAUACGUUCUCGGGUGACUUGAAAGUCCCCAAUUACUUGAACACCACGUGUAGGACCAUAGACAAAGGGUAUUUCACAGAUCGCAGCGGUGAUAAAUCUGAAAAUAUUGGGGGUGUUGUCUUUCUGCAAUUGCCUCUAAGGCAACCAGACGCAAAUCACACCAAAGAACUCCAUCAGAUUGUUGAACGAAUCAGAAAGCAACAGAUAAUCAUAUAUUUAGCGUCUAUUGGACAGACCAAGUACAGCCUUCUCACAUCCCUUUUGCCUCACGUAAUUACCAAAAUAUUCAUCAACUUUUUCUCAUACAACUUUCCAAUCACAAUCACUGAAAUCUACGGAGCGACUGCUGAGUUUCAAGCAGCCUGGGGUCAGAAAGUCCAGGAUGUUCUACUUUUCCGGCCACCACAAUCGAAGACCUGCCUUUCCUUAAAUCUUCAUCGCUUUGGGGACAAAUACAGACUGGCUGUGAUGGCCGAUACCCACCUGGCCCCCGAUCACACAGUAAUCACCAGAUCCUUUGAGCAAUAUAUGGAAACCAUCACUCUGUAACUUCCUUCCCUCUACUUUUAGACUGGAGGGCAAUCUCUAUAUGCAUAAUGUAUGCGAAAUAAAAAUUAUCAAUUAUUUAUCCAGUA